AUGGCGACUCGACAGCGAACUGCCACCACCGUUGUGGUCGAGGACCUCCCCAAGGUCACUCUUGAGGCCAAGUCUGAACCUCAAUUCCCCGAUAUCAAGACCAUCAAGGAUGCCAUCCCCGCGCACUGCUUCCAGCCCUCGCUCGUCACCUCAUUCUACUACGUCUUCCGCGAUUUUGCCAUGGUCUCUGCUCUCGUCUGGGCUGCCCUCACCUACAUCCCCAGCAUUCCCGACCAGACCCUCCGCGUCGCAGCAUGGAUGGUCUACGGCUUCGUCCAGGGUCUCUUCUGCACCGGUAUCUGGAUUCUCGGCCAUGAGUGCGGCCACGGCGCUUUCUCCCUCCACGGAAAGAUCAACAAUGUGACCGGCUGGUUCCUCCAUUCGUUCCUCCUCGUCCCCUACUUCAGCUGGAAGUACUCUCACCACCGUCACCACCGCUUCACCGGCCACAUGGAUCUCGACAUGGCUUUCGUCCCCAAGACCGAGCCCAAGCCUUCCAAGUCGCUCAUGAUUGCUGGCAUUGACGUUGCUGAGCUUGUUGAGGAUACACCCGCUGCUCAGAUGGUGAAGCUCAUCUUCCACCAGCUUUUCGGAUGGCAGGCGUAUCUUCUCUUCAACGCUAGCUCCGGUAAGGGCAGCAAGCAGUGGGAGCCCAAGACCGGCCUUGCCAAGUGGUUCCGAGUCAGUCACUUCGAGCCUACCAGCGCUGUUUUCCGCCCUAACGAGGCCAUCUUUAUCCUCAUCUCCGAUAUUGGUCUUGCUCUUAUGGGAACUGCUCUGUACUUUGCUUCCAAGCAAGUUGGUGUUUCAACCAUUCUCUUCCUCUACGCUGUUCCCUACUUCUGGGUUCACCACUGGCUCGUUGCCAUUACCUACCUCCACCAUCACCACACCGAGCUUCCUCACUACACCGCUGAGGGCUGGACCUACGUCAAGGGUGCUCUCGCCACUGUCGACCGUGAGUUUGGCUUCAUCGGAAAGCACCUCUUCCACGGUAUCAUUGAGAAGCACGUUGUCCACCAUCUGUUCCCUAAGAUCCCCUUCUACAAGGCUGACGAGGCUACCGAGGCCAUCAAGCCCGUCAUCGGCGACCACUACUGCCACGACGAUCGCAGCUUCCUGGGCCAGCUGUGGACCAUCUUCGGCAGCCUCAAGUACGUCGAGCACGACCCUACCACCCCGGGCGCCAUGCGUUGGGCAAAGGAGUAG